AUGAACACUAGUAAAGGAGCCAGUGACGUUCUGAAGCGUACGUCAGAUUUUUUACGCAGUGGCCUUGUGACAGAGCAGCCUGCGUGGUAUAAGCCAGUUGCGUACCACCCUCCCAAACAGAUUCAACACAAGACUAUUAGACCCGAAAAAUUCUCCAAAUUGAGGAAACUUUCGGUACCACCCCGGAGCGGAAACUUGUACAAUACCAGAUUGACACAAUCUGAUUUAAAAUUGAAUCUUCUCAAACCACAGAAUUUGAAAUACCUGGAAGACAAGAUAAGAAACGUAUUUUAUCAACAACACCCCUGGGAACUGGCAGAUCCGAAAUCCUUGAUUGAAAACGAGCACACAAUCGAUAACAAGAAUCAAAACUGGUCCCAUAUGAGACAACUCACUAAGAGGUUGGAUGGAGAGAGUGUUGUUCAACGUACGCUGUAUGUGAUGCAAAACGAAAAGCUCAACUUAGUGCAGGCUUACGAGAAAGCUAAGUAUGAAUACUACAGACUUAAAAUUGAGGAGGAGACGGAGAUGAACGUUGCGAGAGAAGAACACGAGAUGUUUGGUGCUGUAUACGAUAAGACUGUUGUUGAGCAAGGCUUCGACAAGGAAACUGAAGUGAUCAAGAAAUGGAAGGUGCGCGCACUCGAGGAGACUCAAGUUUUGGAAGCCAGGUUGAGCAAUCUGUCGUCCGAUCUUGGUGGGGAAGAAGACGUACAAGCUCCAGACGAAGACACUCUGUUCAAUGAUUUGGAAGAUGUUGAACUCGAAGAGCCUAAUCAAUAA